CGUGUUUUCUUUUGCUUUAUUUUAGGGGACCUCAGCGAUUUCGAGAUAAAUAUCCGAGCGAGCAUGCUGUUGCGUACGAAGGGAGGAUUUUGAUCGCAAACUAUGUGAACGCAGCUCUGGAACGCUGUUAAGUUUGAAGGUGAGAGGGCUGGGCACUUGGGAAGGGACGACAUUGCUUCAACCCAACAAGGAUUUUUUCCAACCUCUGCUUUCCCCCUUCCCCUUUCCCUCAUUUCCACUUCCUUCUUCCUACCUGACAUCUGCACAGUUCUCCAGUACCUGCUUAAACCUGUGAGUGAGAACAUACUGUCCCACUCAAGCCCCCCUUGUUCCCCAAAUCACCAAUGGAUCAGAGGACACAGGGGGGGCCCUCUACGCCGGCCCCGCUCCCUGCCAACGCCCCUCCAGCAGAACGUGAGAAAGAGGGAGUAGGAGGAAAGAAGGAUGAUGAAGAGGAAAAAAAAAAGCGAGAGAAACCAAGAGAUGGGUCACAAAGUGAAACUUGUGGUGCUGAAAGUGGGACUAGUGACCAGCAGCAGCAACCCACACAGUUCUCGGUCAAAGAAACCAGUUACUCUGAGGGCAAUGUCAAGCUCAAGAUAGGCCUACAGGCCAAGCGCAUGAAGAAGCCUCCCAAGAUACUGGAGAACUAUGUGUGUCGUCCAGCCUUCCGAGCAACUGUAAGGCAUAGUGGAGGACGAGGCGGAGCGCGUGUUAAUCGUGGGGCUGGAGCCAAUGAUGGGAACAGCCACACUUCUAGCCCAAGUCGUGGAAAAGAAGGAGAGAAAAGCCCCUCUGUCAGCCGAGGAGCAACUCUAUCGUCUAGUGCUCCAGCUGCUGCAUCUCCCUCACCUUCUCUUCCUCCUCCUGUUUCCACCAGCCCAGUCACUCCUGUGAAAGGAAGUGCUCCAGCAAAAAGGGCUCCUUCAAAACUUGCCUGUAAGUCUGAGGGAAAAGCUGAUGCAAAAUCUGUUGCUUCUCCAGAGAGACCCCUUAAUCUGCAUCGCCCCAUGACAGAAAGCAAAUCACCCUCCUCUGGAAAGAAAAACCAUGUUCCACAAAUCAACUCUGCUCCUGCCCCAUCACCACCGACAAUGCCCCCAGCUGCUACAUCACUACAGGACCCCAAAACAGAUGGUAUCUUAACUCCUCAGUACAAUUUUCCUGAGGGGCAGAAAGAACAAGAAAGGGGAAUUUCUACCUGGGGUACUCCUACAGUAACUGAGAAGCUUGCUCAGCUCAUAGCUACAUGCCCGCCUUCAAAGUGCCCUAAGCCAAAAGCCCGGAAGGUGUCACCAGCUCCAGCACACAGUAGCUCGCCUCCCUUAAUUUCUAAUCUGCAGCGCCCUGAACGGGCAAUGGCCAAUAGGAACACCUAUUCCAGGGCGGUGCACCUUGCCCCACCACCACCGGUAUCACGGCCUCCAGGUCGCCCUUAUGGGUCCAAAAAUAAGGACAGUAUCCUGGAGAAAUUUUCUGGCACCUCUGGAAAAGAUGAAUCAGAUGGACUUUCAAAGGGGGUCACCAGUAGCAACAGCAGCACAACCACCACCACCACUAGUACAGCACUGUCUCAAAACAGUCGUCGCUUGACGACGACGUCCACAAGUAAUAGCACUGACAACAGUACCACCAAUGGAAUGAAAUCUCAGUCUCGUCUUGGGCAUUGCCUAUCUCAUUCUUCCUCUACGGCUUCUCUUUCAUCACCACCAUCUUCCUCUUCUUCAUCCUCUUCCUUAGAAAGAAUAGGAAGUACAGGCGGUCACAUGGGUUUGCCAGGCUCACUAGCCUCACGGUCUAGAGCAAGCCCCUCCCAGAUAGAGGAGUUUACUGAGAAAGACAAAGAGCGUGACCGAGACAAAGACAUGGACAGUGCCAGAGAUUUAGAUAAGGGCUCCACACCAGCAAUGCCAGGGAAGCAAGAUUCUAAAGAAAGGUGUUCUUUGUCAGCUCCUCGAAGUGAGCGUGGUAAGAGCUCAAGCCCAGUCAAACGUAGUCCCAAUCAGGAAAGUCGUGUUAGUGGGGUACCAAGUCCUGCUGAGUCCAACAAAUGCACUAUUUCACCUUCAUACCCUUCUGGUGCCAGCAGGAGCCCACCACCACUGUGCGACGACACUGGGGCUCUAUCUCCUGCAUCACCAACUGAGCAGGAUUCAAAGCCUCUUAAGAAGCGGCGAGGACGACGGCCCCGCUGGACGAAGGCAGUGAGUCGCACCCACAAGACUUUACAUGAUCCAUCAGGGCUUUCCUCCUCAUCUCCUAUACGGCAACCAGUGGAACGGACUCCCACUGGUAAUUGCAUGUCCCCUUUUGCUUCAGAAUUUUUUGAUUCUUCACCCAAGAAGAGGGGACGGCCCAAGUCUAAAAUGCCUCGGUUAGAUGCAUCAGCACGUGGCCACACCGCAAACAAACUGAUACCCUCAAAAGUCUACUCCAGUCUGUUCAAAUCUAAGGAAGAGCAGGAUCCCCCUGUUUUGCACCCUGAAGUGGACUUUAAUCCACCUAAACCCAUGCAAAGAAAGCGAGGGCGACCCAAGCGCUCGCCACCAAACCUUCCACAAGAAACCCAGCCCCCAACACUUGCUCCUGAGUCAGGGGAUACUUCAGUUGGUGAAAAACCUUUUCGUAAUAAAGGCAACGGGCAGCUCAUUAUGAAGACAAUUAUAGGCAAGAUUAAUAAAAUGAAGACAGUAAAACGGAAGAGGCUCCUGAGCCAGAUACUGCUUGGGCCAAAACCAGGGACUGAGCAGGAAAGCUCUAGAAGCAGUGUAGCGCCAGGGGCUGGUGCUGCUACAAAACCUUUAUCAUCACUUGCUGCUACAUUUGGGGGCAAAUUAGGACCCCAGAUAAAUGUUAGCAAAAAGGGGACAAUAUAUAUGGGUAAAAGGAGGGGUCGUAAGCCAAAAACAUCAGCUAAUCCCUCCCCAGGUGCCCCCACGCCACCUCCUGAUCCUUUCUUAUCACCAAACACUUCAUCCCCACAUCAUCAUCACCAGUCACAGGCCUUGCAAAACCAGCAACACCAGUUGCCUCCGUCUGAGGUGUUCCCUUCUCCAUCACUUUCGCAAUCAAGUGGGGGCCAGAGUCCCAUUAGUGAUGCUAGUUUUGUUGAGCCUGGCUCAGUGCAUUUCUCAUCCCACCCACACUGCAGCCAUUCCCAUCAGGGCCACCACUCAUUCUCCUUUCCCCCACCUACAUUUUCAGCCCCCUCUGCUCGCACUGUAGCAAGCUCCUCCUCAUCCACAGCAAACCCAUCUCAAAAGAAAUCUUCUUGCCGUGGUUACCACCAUCACCACCACCAAUACAGGCAGCACUACCAUUAUCAAAAGUUUUCUCCUCCAAGGCCACUAUUGCCCACGUCUCCUGCUCCUCUUAGUGAGCUGAAGGAGGCCACACCUUCCCCAGUCAGUGAAUCCCACAGCGAAGAGACGGUACCCAGUGACAGUGGCAUUGGGACAGACAACAACAGCACCUCAGACCGUGGGGAAAAGGCUGGUAGUGCAAGUGGCUUAGCUGGUGUAGGGGUUUCGCAGGGUAUGGCAAGUGGACUCUUAAUGCCUGGUGUCAUAGGUUCAGCCUUGGGAGCUGGAAUGGGGCUUUCUUCGAGAGGUAGAAGGAGGCACUCCUCUUCAGUUCACUUGGAACGUCCCUCACCUACACCCUCCCCGCUUGGAGCGAGGGCAUCACCUGAUACAAGAAGACCACACCCAGCUGCCCCAUCUCCUGCUUUGGUUGGACAUAAAGAGAAGCACAAGCAUAAGUGCAAACGCCGUGGACAUGGCUGCCCUAGUUAUGACAAACUGAAAAGGCAAAAGCGCAAACGCAAGAAGAAGUACCUGCAGUUGCGGUCACGUCGGCAAGACCCAGACUUUUUGGCUGAUUUGGAUGAGAUCUGUGUGCAGCUCAGUGAAAUACGAAUUGGUCAUCGCACACCUACACUUCGUUUGGGUAGCAGUUUGGGUCUGGGUACUGGGGCCGCAGGCCUGGGCCGUGGAUCUGCCUUGGGAAGUGCCAGAGCCAGCAGCAGCCUUGGAGGUGGAACCAAUCCACCACCACAUCACUAUCUACAUAGAGACCUCUUGCCCACAAUCUUCAGAAUCAAUUUUAGUGGAUAUUAUUCACCCCACCCAGCCUACCCAUGUGAUUCACUUCAUUAUGUCCGUAAGCCAGAUCUGAAAAAGAAAAGAGGGCGACCACCUAAGCUCAGAGAAUCUAUAUCAGAAGUACCUUUUGUACCUGGGUUAGGCUUUCCCCUCUCCGGUGGAGGUUUUUAUCACCCUUCUUAUGGUGUACCAUACUCUUCUGCCCCAUUGGGACUUGGCUACUAUCGUGGUUAUACCCCAGCAAGUGCCCUGUACCCCCAUCACCAGGCUCCCCACUCUGGCCCAUCCCACCAUGUUCAUUCCCCUUCUUUUCCUCCACCUCCGCCCCCUUCCUAUGUCCAUCAUCAUCACCCAUCUCACUUGCUUCUUAACCCCUCAAAAUUUCACAAGAAGAAACAUAAGCUGCUUAGGCAGGAAUAUCUAGGUGGUGGUCGUUCAUCAGUACUAUAUCCUGCAGUGUCAUCCGAGCUGUCAUUUGGCUGGCAUCACAAACACAAGCAUAGGCACAAGCACCGUGAUCGCUGUGGGGAAGAGGAGGGUGAUGAUGUUGGUGGAGUUGUAGGUAGCAUUGGAGGCAGAAGUGGAGGAGGUGAGGGUUUGGGGGUCGGAAGAGGUGAGCGAGGGAGUGUAGAGUCCCUGCAGCGUUGCAGGUUCAGCCGAGAUGGCUCUGCUGACUCCAGUGCUAACAAACAGGCAGCUUCUGCCAACUCCCCUUCCUCUUCCUCCUCAUCUUCUGCAGAACGGUACAAGCGAAAAGAAGCUUCUAUGUCUUGUCUUGGGCCUUCGCGACUGUCUUUGGGCAGCUUGAGCCGGGGGCAUCAUCCUGUUAACUCCUGGUUCAGGAUGGGAAGUUCUGAAACUGAUUACUCCAAACUCUCUAGAAACCAAUCCCUUUCUGGGUCUGGUGUAUUCUCUGAAGGACAAGUGCAAAAUACAGUUGAGUGCUCAGAGAGUGAUGAAGAAGAUGCUGCCUCCCCUAUUGAGGAGGCAGAGACCAGCCACCACACCAACUUGUUCACAUCUGCACUCUCUCGAACAUCCCUCAAAGGGAGUCGCAGCAAAAAAGGUGGAACAUCAGAGAGCCCUAGUCUUUCACGGUUGGAUCGGACGGUGAGAAGGGAUCGUUCCACAUCUGCAGAAAGAAGAGAAAUGGGAAAUGUGUCUGGCACACAGAACCGAGUUGGCCAGUCCAUUGUUCCUGAGGUUUCUGAGGGUCCCCAUCAUCGGCACCACCAUCACCACCACCCUCCCCUAUCCCUCUCACACUCUGCCUCUUGCCUUUCUCACUGCACUCUCGACCAGCCUGGAAGCGUCACAGCUCCCCGGCCCUCCAGCCGCCAGGCUAGUCCCUCCACGUGCUCCUCCCAGCCUGCAUGCUGUCGUGACUCCCCCCCUUCACAUCACUCCCACCGGCCCCCUUCCAAAAACAACCUGCACCAUGUCAACAAGAUCCUUCGUGCAAAGAAGCUCCAGAGGCAAGCACGCACAGGAAACAACAUGGUGAAAAAACGAGGCCCAGGGCGUCCCCGCAAGCACCCGCUGCCCUCGCCUUCCCCAUCGCCCCCACCACAGACAUCUGAACAAGAGAACCACCCUUUACCUGAAAGGCACAGAGGAAGUGGACUUUGGGAGGGAGACACCGUGGUUGACGUCAUUGAGUCUGUGAUACAGAGUCAGCGCAGAAAGGGAGGCAAGAGAAAACGCUGGGAAAGGGAGACAGAAGGAGGCGAUGAGGAAGAAGAGGAACCAGCGGAGGAAAGAGAGGGGGAGGAAGAAGAAGAACGACCAGCUGCUAGAGAGGAAGAUGUGAUGGCAAGAGCUAGAACAGACGGAGGGAGGGGAUGGUUGACACAGGAGGAAAUGCAUUGUUUUCGCAGCGCUCUGGAGGGAAAACCUGAUGGCCAAUCCCCCCCAGACCGCACAGGCCCUAUUGCGGCGGAACAAGCCCCAAACCCAUCAGUGACCAGUCAGCGGGAGAAGAGAGUUGCUAGACCACCCAAAAAGAAGUUUCAAAAGGCUGGGCUUUACUCUGAUGUGUACAAGACUGAUGAUCCUCGCAGUCAGCUGCUACAGCUAAAGAAGGAGAAGUUAGAAUACACUCCAGGUGAACAUGAGUAUGGCCUUUUUCCUGCCCCCAUUCAUGUUGGGAAAUACUUGAGACAGAAACGUGUUGAUUUCCAGCUGCCUUAUGACAUCCUGUGGCUUUGGAAACAUGAUCAGCUCUACAAGAGACCUGACGUGCCUCUUUACAAGAAGAUCAGAUCCAAUGUCUAUGUGGAUGUGAAACCUCUUUCUGGGUAUGAAGCCACUACCUGUAACUGCAGGGCGCCUGAAGAGCACAGUGAAAAGGGCUGUCAGGAUGACUGUCUAAACAGGAUGAUCUUUGCUGAGUGUUCUCCGAGUACAUGUCCAUGUGAUGAUCAGUGUGAUAACCAGCGUAUCCAGAGGCAUGAGUGGGUGCAGUGCCUCGAGCGCUUCCGGGCUGAAGGGAAGGGCUGGGGGAUUCGAACCAAGCAGCCCCUACGUUCCGGCCAAUUCAUCAUCGAGUACUUGGGAGAGGUGGUCAGUGAACAGGAAUUCAGGAGUCGCAUGAUGGAGCAGUACUUCUCCCACAGUGGUCACUACUGUCUGAACCUGGACAGCGGCAUGGUCAUCGACAGCUACCGCAUGGGCAACGAGGCUCGCUUUGUCAACCACAGCUGCGAGCCCAACUGUGAGAUGCAGAAAUGGUCGGUGAAUGGAGUGUACCGUGUUGGUCUGUUUGCUUUGAAAGACAUCAACAGCGGAACAGAGCUGACAUAUGACUACAACUUCCACUCCUUCAACACAGAAGAACAGCAAGUCUGCAAGUGUGGCUCAGAGGGUUGCCGUGGCAUCAUUGGUGGCAAGAGCCAGCGAAUCAAUGGGCUGCCUGGGAAAGGGGGCGGAUCAGGGGGCGGAGCCCGGAGGCUGGGGAGACUGAAAGAGAAACGCAAGUCCAAACACUCGCUGAAGAAACGGGAGGAAGAGUCCAGUGACAGCAGCAAAUUUUACCAGCACCUUUUAAUGAAGCCUAUGUCAAACAGAGAGCGGAACUUUGUGCUGAAACAUCGAGUCUUCCUGCUGCGGAAUUGGGAGAAGAUGCGGGAGAAACAGGAACUUCUGAAGCGAGAGGGAGAGAGAGAGCGAGAGAGGGAGAACAGUGGUCUGUCUCUUUACACACGCUGGGGAGGAGUCAUCCGCGAUGAUGGCAACAUCAAGUCAGAUGUAUUUCUGACUCAGUUCUCAGCGCUGCAGACGUCACGCUCUGUGCGCACACGCAGACUUGCGGCAGCCGAGGAGAACACGGAAGUUACACGCACUGCACGCCUGGCACACAUCUUCAAGGAGAUAUGUGACAUGAUCACAAGCUACAAGGAUUCAUCUGGUCAGACUCUUGCUGCUCCGCUGCUUAAUCUCCCUUCUAGGAAGAGGAAUGUACAGUACUAUGAGAAGGUCACCGAUCCACUAGAUCUCAGUACCAUAGAGAAGCAGAUCCUCACUGGACACUACAAAACCGUCGAGGCAUUCGAUUCAGACAUGCUGAAAGUGUUUCGUAAUGCUGAGAAAUAUUAUGGUCGUAAGUCUGCUGUGGGUCGUGACGUGUGCCGGCUGAGGAAGGCGUACUACGGUGCGCGUCAUGAGGCUGCUGUACAGAUCGAUGAGAUUGUGGGCGAGACGGCCAGUGAGGCCGACAGCUCUGAUUCGCUAGAGAGAGACCACGCCCACCAUCACCAUGAUGGAGGGGGCAGCCAUGACAAAGACGAUGAUGUGAUCCGCUGCAUCUGUGGCAUGUACAAGGAUGAGGGGCUCAUGAUCCAGUGUGAGAAGUGCAUGGUGUGGCAGCACUGUGAUUGUAUGCGAUUGGACGCCGAUGUGGAGCAUUAUCUCUGUGAGCAGUGUGACCCUCGUACAGUGGACAGGGAGGUCCCAAUGGUGCCCCAACCCAGUUAUGCCCAGUCAGGAUCCAUCUACUAUAUCUGCCUUCUUCGUGAUGACUUACUAUUGCAUCAGGGUGACUGUGUGUACCUCAUGAGAGACAGCAGACGCACUACAGAAGGCCAGCCGGUGCGCCAGUCAUACCGGCUCCUGUCUCAUAUCAACAGAGACAAACUGGACAUCUUCCGUAUUGAGAAACUCUGGAAAAACGAAAAAGGUGAGAGGUUUGCCUUUGGUCAUCACUACUUCCGUCCCCAUGAGACGCACCACUCUCCUUCCCGCCGCUUCUAUCAGAACGAGUUGUUCCGAGUGCCUCUGUAUGAGAUCAUACCGCUGGAGGCGGUGGUGGGAACGUGCUGUGUGUUGGACCUGUAUACUUACUGCAAGGGUCGUCCGAAAGGGGUAAAGGAACAGGACGUUUACAUCUGCGACUACCGGCUGGAUAAAUCCGCACACCUGUUCUACAAGAUCCACCGCAACCGGUACCCAGUGUGCACCAAGCCCUAUGCAUUCAACCACUUCCCCAAAAGACUGACACCGAAGAGGGACUUCUCACCUCACUAUGUGCCGGAUAACUACAAGAGGAACGGCGGCCGCUCUGCCUGGAAGAGCGAGCGGCCCAAAGGUGCAUCAGCGUGUGAUGAAGAGCCCUCCACUAGUGUGUCAUGUGACCCCCUGUCUGCUGGCUUCUCGAGAGAUGGGCACGAGGACGGAGGGAGAGGAGCGGAGGGAGAGAUGGAGACCACUCAGGAGGACUCCAGUGCUCCUGCUCCCCAGAUCUCCACGUCACCGGAAAGGAGGACAGGUGGGGAGGAGGAAGACAUUGAGGAAGAAGAGGAGGGUGAAGAGAAGAGAGAGACGGACGAGGGCUCCCGAGAGAGAGGGCGAGACGCAUUGGAUGCCCCUUGCUCUUCCUCACUCUCCUCUUCACCUCUUCAUCCAUCCAUCCUGGGAAGAAGAGAAGCACAGAGAGAGAGAUUGAACAAGAUUCUGCUCGACCUGCUGCACCAGGUGCCCAGCAAGAAUGCGAUAGAUGUGACGUAUCUUCUGGAGGAAGGCUCUGGUCGCCGCCUCCGCAGACGGACGCUUGGGCUGAGCGAAUUUAUUUGCAGGAAGUAAUGCUGACUACACUCUCUGCUGAGCGCGCUUGCAGAGCAGCAAGAGAAUAAUGAACAGAGGUGAAAGGCGACAAGUUGAUAUUUAUAUCUUGCGGUUGCUUUUUCUAAAGGAGCUACAAGAGAGACCAGCCCGAGAUUCGUGCACUGAGGACAUGCAAUUUGCUGCAAGUCAUCAACCUUGAUGCAUUUAAAAAGAACAAGUGUCAGACAUAGGAAAGUUUAAACUGAAGAACGCUUUGAAAUUCUAACCGAAUUGUUGCAGAUGAACUCUGUCAAAUGUCUCCUGUGACUAAGUGGUACUAUAUUUGGCCUUCGUUUCCGGCGCAAAUGAAAACAUGGGAGUCUGGCGCCCCCUUGUGGUCGACAACGGGAAUGACUUGAGUGCAACCAAGAACGAAAACGAGGCAAAAACUAAAUAAACAGGAUCAUCAUAGGAGGUGCAGUGUAGCGCACACACACUGCCCAUAGACUGGGAAAAAGAGAGAAAGGAGACAGAGCUGAGAAAGAACAUUGGCUAACUGCACUUUUAACAACAAGGACAUCAUUCGCUCCCGGAGAUGUACGGAUAAGAUACACUAACACUCACGCAGUAUUGAUCAAUGCUGUAUGAUAAAGCAAAACAUAAGUAUGUUACCUUCUUUUUCUGUUUGUUUUUUUUUAUUUGUUAUACUGUAAUUACAUUAGGAAUGGAGCACGACAGGGGUAUCCAUAUUUGUGAGCUCGGGACUUCGCGACUGGGCUGGAAUGUUUCGCUCUUGUUAUCGUGGGCAUUGUGUUUGGUUUAGAAUGGCUGCCAGCCCCGCCCCCUUUUUAAAAAGUAUUUAAUUCACCAGCUCAAAAUAAAUACAAAAACAAACAAAAUCUAGCAGUGGAGGCACACUGGCUUUACAUAACGCCUUAGAAUGCUGUUAUCUCGAGAGUUUUUUUGUUUAUGGUAGUGUGUGAGAUUCUUUAAGGUGUUUGUGUGCGUGUGUGUGUGUGUGUGUGUGUGUGUGUGUGUGUGUGUGUGUGUGUGUGUGUGAGCCCAUUCUAAUAAUAUAAAUACAAAAGAGGAAACAACUAAGGGCUUGACAGCAGUUAAUAAACCGUUAAAUUCACAAGAACUUCUUGUGUAUCAUGUAAUGUUAUAUUAUUUGUGAGGGGCUUGCAGGGCGGGUGGGACGGGGUCGGGUUCUGGUUUUCGUGUUGUUGUUUUCUUUUGCUUUUCUUUUAUUGUUUUUAACGGCCUUUUUAUGUUGCCAUGGAGAAUGUUUAUAAACAAAAUCAUGAUGAGUUUUUAGCCCUUAAUGCAUCAGCUAUGACGGAUAAGUAUUUCAAACCCCUUAGAUGGACAGACAAGGGAAAAAAAAAUGAUGAAAACUGACAAAUGAAAGGAAAGAAAGCUGUAUAGUGCCAAGCUAUGUAUAUAAACAGACAGGAAAAUGUGAGAAAUGCCUCCAAAAGCAAUAUCUUGAUAAUGGGUUUUGUGUAUUGUAUUGUACAGGAUUCAGCCCUAUAUGUGUUAUUAUUAUUAUGAUUCUUAUGAUUAUUAUGCGAUUUGUAUUGACAAGAACUGUCACGUAUAACUUGACUAGAAAGCGGCAGACAUUAUGAUUAAUAAUCGCUACAAAUUUCCGGCUUAAGUGACGAACCGUCUGUAACUUUGCUACCCAAAACCACAAAUUGAGCUCAUUGCUUUAGAGAGGAUCGUCGGAUGAUGGCUUUGUGGAACGGGACGCCGCAGAGACCCCACACCUGGCACCCGUCACUGUAAUAAUUAAUAUUAACAUUAUUCUAAUUAUUAUUAUUAUUAUUAUUAUUACUUUUCGAGGAGAAAAAGAUAUAAUGUUCCUCUUUUUUUUCUUCUUCUUUUUUGCUGCAAAGUGUUGAACACUAAAAAAACAAACCAACAUAAAAAUGUAAAAUGAUAUUUUGGCAGAAAAAAAAAGCUGUCAACCCAAUAUCAUGUUCUUAAUCUCCUUUUUAAUUUUUUUUCUUCAAAUGAGAAAUGAUUGUUAUGUUUUUUUGUGAAAGCGGUCAUAAAUAUAAUGCUUGUAUUUCUUGUAUUUGUGUGUUUUUGUGCGAUUUGUUUAGUUCUUUUUUAGACAAUCACAAAAUAAGAUGCAAGCAUUGUAUAUGGACAGACUGGCAGGCAUUUUGUGAUGUUGUGUACAGUUUUGUCAAAACUUCUUCCACUCUGGUUCAAAGUUUGUAAUUAUAAAGUCAUGAAAAAUGCUGUUGAUUUUUACUUUUUUUUUUUGUUUUAUAUUCUAUUUGGUUUGUUUGUUUGUUUUUUAAUAAAAAGCACUACAUUAUUGUGAAUAUACUUGCCUGUUGCUCAUACAUUUAGCAGAGAAUCUGUGAUCCAGUUCUUUAUUAGCUCAUAACCGUUAUAACUCCAGGUAUACAGACAAAUCGUAUUUUAACUGUAUGGACAGUCAUUACAUCUUCAAAUAAAGUGGAUUUUAACUAUUGCGUACCAUCA